CCUCCGCCCUUCGCCCUUCGCCUCGUCUCGGCCUUCGCGGCCCGGCGCCGCCCGCCCGUCAUGGUGCGAUCAGCGCGCCCUGCGCGGCCCCACUGAGCCUGGGCGCGGCGGCGAGCGCGGCUCGGGGUCACCAUGCCUACCCGAGUGUAUUGUUGCUGUUCUGCUUUGCGUCCUCGCUACAAACGCCUGGUGGACAACAUAUUCCCUGAAGAUCCAAAAGAUGGCCUUGUUAAAGCUGACAUGGAGAAACUGACAUUCUAUGCAGUAUCUGCUCCAGAGAAGCUGGAUCGAAUUGGUUCUUACCUGGCUGAAAGGUUGAGCAGGGAUGUUGUCAGACAUCGUUCUGGGUAUGUUUUAAUUGCUAUGGAGGCAUUGGACCAACUUCUCAUGGCCUGCCAUUCUCAAAGCAUCAAGCCAUUUGUAGAAAGCUUUCUUCAUAUGGUAGCAAAGCUUCUGGAAUCAGGAGAGCCAAAGCUUCAAGUUCUUGGAACAAAUUCUUUUGUCAAAUUUGCAAAUAUUGAAGAAGACACACCGUCCUAUCAUAGACGUUAUGAUUUUUUUGUGUCUCGCUUCAGUGCCAUGUGUCAUUCCUGUCAUACUGAUCCAGAAACUCGAACAGAAAUUCGAAUUGCUGGAAUCAGAGGUAUUCAAGGCGUGGUUCGCAAAACAGUUAAUGAUGAACUUCGGGCUACCAUUUGGGAACCCCAGCACAUGGAUAAAAUUGUUCCAUCCCUGCUGUUUAACAUGCAGAAGACAGAAGAGGUUGACAGUCGCAUAGGCCCUCCUCCUUCUCCUUCAGCCACUGACAAAGAGGAGAAUCCCGCUGUGCUGGCUGAAAACUGCUUCAGAGAACUGCUGGGCCGGGCAACUUUUGGGAACAUGAAUAAUGCUGUGAGACCAGUUUUUGCGCAUUUAGAUCAUCACAAAUUAUGGGAUCCCAAUGAAUUUGCAGUUCACUGCUUUAAAAUUAUAAUGUAUUCCAUUCAGGCUCAGUAUUCUCACCAUGUGAUCCAGGAGAUUCUAGGACACCUUGAUGCUCGUAAAAAAGAUUCUCCACGAGUCCGAGCAGGCAUUAUUCAGGUUCUGUUAGAGGCUGUUGCCAUUGCUGCUAAAGGUUCCAUAGGACCCACAGUGCUGGAAGUCUUUAACACCCUGUUGAAGCAUCUGCGUCUCAGUGUUGAAUUUGAAGCGAAUGAUUUACAGGGAGGAUCUUCAGGUAGUGCCAACUUCAACACAAGUUCCAAAGACAACGAUGAAAAGAUCGUGCAGAAUGCUAUCAUCCAAACAAUAGGAUUUUUUGGAAGUAACCUACCAGAUUAUCAGAGAUCAGAAAUCAUGAUGUUCAUUAUGGGGAAAGUACCCGUUUUUGGAACGUCCACCCAUACUUUGGAUAUCAGUCAACUAGGGGAUUUGGGAACCAGGCGGAUUCAGAUAAUGUUGCUGAGAUCUUUACUUAUGGUAACCUCUGGAUACAAAGCAAAGACUAUUGUUACUGCACUGCCGGGGUCUUUUCUGGAUCCUUUAUUGUCACCUUCCCUCAUGGAAGACUAUGAACUGAGACAGUUAGUGCUGGAAGUAAUGCAUAAUCUCAUGGAUCGCCAUGACAAUAGGGCAAAGCUUCGGGGGAUCAGAAUAAUACCAGAUGUGGCUGACCUAAAAAUUAAAAGAGAAAAAAUAUGUAGACAAGACACAAGUUUUAUGAAAAAGAAUGGGCAACAACUAUAUCGGCAUAUAUAUUUGGGCUGUAAAGAGGAAGACAAUGUUCAGAAAAACUAUGAGCUGCUUUAUACUUCUCUUGCUCUUAUAACUAUUGAAUUGGCCAAUGAAGAAGUGGUUAUUGAUCUCAUUCGAUUAGCCAUUGCUUUACAGGACAGUGCAAUUAUUAACGAGGAUAAUUUGCCGAUGUUCCAUCGGUGUGGGAUCAUGGCGCUGGUCGCGGCGUACCUCAACUUUGUAAGUCAGAUGAUAGCUGUGCCUGCGUUCUGCCAGCAUGUUAGCAAGGUUAUUGAAAUUCGAACUAUGGAAGCCCCGUAUUUUCUACCAGAGCAUAUUUUCAGAGAUAAGUGCAUGCUUCCAAAAUCUUUAGAGAAGCAUGACAAAAAUGUGUACUUCCUGACCAACAAAAUUGCAGAGUCUCUAGGUGGAAGUGGCUACAGUGUUGAGAGGCUGUCAGUGCCGUAUGUGCCACAAGUAACAGAUGAAGAUCGACUUUCUAGAAGAAAAAGUAUUGUGGAUACCGUAUCCAUCCAGGUGGAUAUUUUACCCAACAGCAUUCCUUCUGAUGAUGUGAGCACAAGAGUGUACCCUCCUGAGUUACAGGAAGGUAAAAGCAGGAAGAAAAAGCAGCCAGUGUUCUCUAGGACUUAUUCACACACAUCAGCAGAGAAUUUUUUGAUAAUCAAGUAAAAGUGCCGAAAUGCCAGGAUGUCAAUCAGCCUCCUCCUUGUGGUUUACCCAUUGUUUGCUUUGCUAGGCAUUUCAUCAUUUCUCACUGGUGCAAUGUAAAUAAUUAAAAGAAUAUCCACAUAAGAAAAGGGGAAGGAAAUUGUCUGAAUUCAUGCUUUCUCAGCCUCCUUUCUCCCUCCUACUUCCAAUCCCUGUCAGUUAAUUUGUCUUAAGGAAUUAAAACUAUUUGGCGGCCCGGGUACAGCCAGUUAAUUCAUAUCUUUCAUGCUAUUUAACUCCCUAUUAUGUAGAAUUAGUCAGUUUUACUAAGAACUUGUCUGCAGAGCAUCAGAAUGGUCGAACAGGCAGUUGGUGUUCAUUUUGGGACUUAGGGCUUUAAGGUUGGUUUAAAGUUUCUUGCCAGUUUAAGGCUCAAGAAAAAAUCAUCAUUCCUACAUUUUACCUCUUCAAAGCCAUUUUACUUUAUACACUCCUUACUAGCAGGGAGGAUAUUUUGCUAACUCUGUCUUUUAAUGAUCAUAAAUUUCCUGCUGUUACCUUUGAGGGGAGAAAUUCAUCCAAAGCCUUAGGUUAUACUUGUCAGGAGUGCAGUCUGCUUUAUUAGCUGGUAUUUUUCCAUUCAUCUUUUGUUAACCAUUUUCAUUUCUUUUAAAAGUGCAUAUGUAACACUUCAAACUGUUGCAAAGAAUCAGUCUUUUGAUGAAAUGAUCUGAAAAAACCAUUUGCAUGAAGACAAUGUAGGAGGAAGAUUCUUGAACACGGAUUUUACAUUUAAGUCCAUUAAAACAUUUGUUAACUUGUUAAAGAUCCGACUGUUUCCUCUUUGCUAUAACUGUAAAUCCUCAGUCAAAUAUGCUGCACGCUGAGUAUUUGAAAAGUUAAAUACAGUUUGGUAUAAGACUUACUUGAGCACAUUGGAGUUUCAAACUCAUUUACUAUGAUGGAACCUGAUUUGGCAUAUUAGGAAUGAUUGUUCAAAUGCCAGAAGACAGAAUAACAGUACCUUUUAGGCUAAAACUAAUUUCAUUGCAUGGACAGGAGAAAUUCUCAUCAAUUAGGUAUUCACCAGUUAAUGGUAUAACAUGUCAAACUAAGAAUAAGUGUGUUUGCUAACAAUGAAUCAAAUAAGAAAGUUUAUCAUCUGAAAAAACAUUAUUUCAUCAAAAUUAUUUGAAAUUGUAUAUACAUAAUCCCACAUAGUCUACAGGCAUAUCUGGUACCUGCUUUUAGAGCCUGUAACUUUUAAAAAAAGAAAAUUGUUUAGAUGGCGCUCAUAACAAAAUUUUUAUUUUCCUUGGAUAUAGCUUAGCUUAUUACCAUGUUCUAUUAAAAUACCUGUUCCACUUGAGGUAUGUCAGUUCUAACAUUUGCAAUUCAAAUUCUAUUCCACCGUGAAUCACUUAGUGGAGUUUCCCUAAAAAUUGCGCUAUAUACGUGUAAAGAUACCUAAAUUAGAUUAAGGUCUUUGAGAAUAUAAAGGGUAAAAUAGAGGCAUCUCUGCCUCUUGAAAUUAAAUGAUCAGCUUGACUGACAGAAUAAAGCGCCACAGGCACUAGUCUGAUCUCUGGUGCUCUCUGAGCACUGGAGGCCUGGCUGGUAGCAUGAUGGUUGCGAGUAGAACCUGAAACCAUGAUUCAGUUCUUCUCUCUGAAAGGUAAUAGUCAAUGCUUGACUUGGGGGGAAUGGAUAGGAGGCUAUAUACAUUAAAUUUUGAGUACAUAUAAAAUUUUUAUAUAAAAUGAAGUCACUUGUUGGCUGAAAAGGAUUGUCAUUUAUUCUCGGACAAAUAACAGCUCUUUGUUUUACACAUAUUUAUUCCUGCCUUUUUCCCAAGUACAACUGAAGAAACCCGUAUGUGUGCUAACAAAGCAGGAUGUCUCAUGUCAGGUUAAUGUUAGUCAGAGCCUGCUGUGCUAGGUGCUGUAAAAUUACUAAGGUGUCCGUGCGAGUGGCAGUACCGCUAGUCUGGUGAGAAAAAGAUGAACAGCAGAUCUUAUGCAAGACCAAGGGUGUGGUACAGUCUGGUAAGAGCUGUAGAUCACACAUAAGGCAAAAGUCAUAAAAAGUAAAAGCAAUGUUGAAACUCCUCUAGGAUCAUGCCUUUGCUCCGUUUCUCCAUAGGUCCAGCUCAGCCAAUGUUUUCUAUAGAUUUGGAACAGAUCAUAGUUUGCUUGAGCACCAAAUGAAGUAGGUGGCUUGUAUUUAACAACUACUUUGUAUGAAAAAUAUGAGUCAUUAAACAUUAGUAAAAAGAAAUCCCUCUUUCAAAAAAAAUAGGAUUCACAAAAGGAAAGAGUGGGAAACAGGAUUGAAGCCAAAUUAUAGAAGGUUUUAUCACCAGGCUGAGUGAGGGCUGUGUAUAUACUUUGGUAGGAAGUGGGGAAACACGGAAAUUUGGGCAGUGUCAUUAUCGGAGCUGUGCUUUCAUGAAAAGAAUCUCGGAAGUGUCACCAGGCUAAAGUGGAAAGAAGAGACUGGAGGCAGAGAGGCCAGUUAGGAGGUGCUUGUGACAGUCUGCACGAGAGGUAGCGAGGGUCUGGAGCAGCCAGGCUGGAGACGGGGCAAGGGGCGGGAGAGCAGGCGUUCCCUGUUCUAGGUGGGGGAUGGGUUGGACCAGCAAGUGACUGAAAGGGAUUUAGGGGAAGGAGGUAAAAAAAGGAAGGAACAGAGUGACUUGGAUGUUUUUGAUGCUAGGAAAUUGCAUCAUAAUAAUCCAAAUUAAGGAAAACAAAAACAAACAAAACAAGAAUUAUCAGAUAAAAUGCGUUAGCUUUUCAGUUAGCCAGGAUUAAACAGGUAAUAAGUAAAAAUUAUAUGUAACAAGAAUUCUGGCUUGCUUUCUUCUCCAGUGUUCUUUCUUCUGCGCUAUGGUUGUUUCUCAAAGGACUAAAGCUUUUAACCAGCUGUAAGAACACCAGUGGGUUUUUUCUUUGAAGUACUAGAUUGCUUCUAGGUGCAAAUAAUCGACCAGCCAGAGCCUAAUCUUGUGAAUCUGCUCCAAAUAUCUAGAACAGAGCAACUGAAGAGUCCCAGGUUUAAUCUGACUUUAACUAGAAAUAUGAACCCUCAGUAGAAAAACCGAGGUAGUGGAACCCUUGCUGCCUGAUUUCCAGCUAAAGCCUUUGUAUUGCAGAGAAGCUAAGGUGCAAAGCAUGAAGUCUUUUGGCUUCACUAGUCUUGCUGCCUUAAGACUUAGCAAGAGAGAAAAGCUCAUGAGCUAAAAUUAGGGAUUACCGAAGUCCCAGGCAAGUACUCGUGUAUCGUUUCUUUACUUUUAUUCAGAGAUAUUAGUGUAAUCAGAUACAUUAUUCCUUCUGAACCUGUUCUAGUGCCACAGAAAAUAUUACUGACUUUUUAUAUAGCAGUUGAUUUCAUGCCUUUUACAUGUCCCAAAGCAAGAGAGAGAUUUGAAAGCCUCAAGUUAAAGGGUAUUUCUAGAGAACAAGACUUGGUGAUCGACCUUAAAAGAUCCAGAGUAUGAUUAUUUUAAGAUGUCUGUCAGCUGUACUCAUUAAACACUUCCAAAAGGAGUGAUUCUUGCUUUUAAUUUUAUUUUAACUUAAUUUUUGAUUUGUAAAACGUAUGUGGUACCAAACUUUUAAAGGGUGUAAAGUAUGUGGAGUAUUUAUCACGUAGCUGAAACUGCGUGUAUAUGUUAUCUGUGCCUUGAGUGCUGAUUGGAUUGCCUUAGAGGAUGCUAGUGCUGCCAGUGUAAUGCCGGUCUGUGGACUUGUUUGGGGAACCGCUGCAGUAAGCCAUUGUUAAAGCCAGUGAAAAAGAGGAGAUUAUCUGAUAACCGUGGAGCAGAAUCACAAAUACAGCCAACGCAAAGAAGAGAAAAUAUUUGUGAAAGUUAUUAGAUGGCUUGUAGCUAGGUGAAGGUGUCAUUUAUAUUGACCUUUCCUAACUCUUUAU